GACUUCGCGCGCUUGCCCCGCCCCUCGGCGCUCCCCGCACUGCGCACGCGCGGCCGCGCCAGGCUCCGCCGCUGCCCUCAGGCCCCGGCGCCGCCAUGUCGGAGCGGCUGGCCAAGCCCUCCUGCCUCAUCGUGGCCAGCGCCGCCACCGCGGGUGUUUCAGCCCAGUCAUUCCUUCACUGCUUUACUCUGGCCAGCUCUGCCUUUAACCUGCAAGUGGCAACACCUGGGGGGAAGCCCAUGGACUUCGUGGAUGUGAACGAGGGCAACGCGCGCUGGAUCCAGGACUUCCGCAUGAAAUCCUACGCCAGCCCCGCCAAGCUGGAGUCCAUUGAUGGCACUCGGUACCACGCCCUGCUGAUCCCAAACUGCCCCGGGGCUGUCACCGACCUGGCCAACAGUGGGUACCUGGCCAAGAUCCUGCAGCACUUCAGCACUGAGAGCAAGCCUAUCUGUGCUGUGGGACAGGGAGUGGCAGCUCUGUGUUGUGCCACCAAUGAGGAUAAAUCCUGGGUUUUCCAGGGAUACAGCCUGACAGGGCCCUCUGUGUACGAGCUGGUGAGGCAGCCGAAUUUUGCCAGUUUGUCCAUUAUUGUGGAGGACUUUGUGAAGGAUUCUGGAGCUACAUUCAGUGCCAGCAGCCCAGAUGCUGUCCAUGUGGUGCUGGACAGGCACCUGGUGACAGGACAAAAUGAGAAUUCCACCCUUCCUGCUGUCCAGAACCUUCUGAUUCUUUGCAAUGUCAGGUGACUGUGUGGUACCAGUCCUGUCCUGGCUGUGCACUGACAGGUCCUGUCAUGUCUGGGUGUGUUUCCUUCAGCAGGAAAUGAAGGAGAAGGUCUGUUUGCAAGGAGGAUGGAUGAAGAGCCAGCAGGCUGAGGAUUUCCAUGGCUGUGACCUGGAUAAAACACCCCUCUGAACCCCUGCCCUGGACUCUGAAGGGACUGUGGCAGUGAAGCGGCCGUGUCAGGUUCUGUGUGGAUGGAACGGAUGGAGGUUGUCAGAAGCAGCUGGGACACUUCCUUAUAUUUUUGCUGCUCCAUUUUCUCACUGCUUCUCUAGACCCUCAGUUUACAGAUGUGGGGAACUGUCUUCUCAAAACCCCCCAAAAGUUGGUGCUGUGAAUACAAAUUGCUGAAGCUGAAGCCCUUGCUCUGGCUUGGCAUUGUGCUGGUGCACAGCGUGCCCUCGUUUUCUUCCUGUUCACAUGGCUGGAAUUGUGUUCAGAAAGUUUGCUCAGCUUUUUUUUUAACAUGGUCCUACAAUUGUUUAUUUGUUCUCCUUUGUGCUGCUUAUGUUGUGGGUUUUGUUCUCUUGGAAAUUCUCCUGUCUGGGAGUACACUGCUGCUGUCUCUUGCUGGAAUUUUGUGGACUAGGGCACUGAAAAAUGCAGGUGGCUAAUGUGGGUCCCAUCUGAGGAACCAGCUGUAGGAUUCCUCCUUCCUUCUGAGCUGCAGGUGUGGCUUGAACCUGAGCUUCAAGGAAAGGAAUAACCAGACUGAGAUUUUUUUUUAAUUGUUGCAGGCUCAAACAUAAAAAAACUAUUGGAAAGUAGAUAAAUUAACUUUCAGAUAAUUGAUUUUCCUUCCCUCUUGGAAUUGAGGGCAGCAUUUCUUCAGUGCCCUAAAGAAAUGGGGUUAUAUUUUCAUUUUCUUACCAGGAUAUUACAAUAUUUUGGUUCUAACAAGUCACCAAGUAGGGAAAUUUUCUCUUUUCUGUGUAAAUCCAUUUUUUUUAGCUCUGUCUCAAGAAUUCAGUGGGAUUUGAAAAGAAAGACUGCUGUGGCUUGUGCUGGGUCUUCUCUUGCAUUCUGGAGCCCAUCUUACAGAACUUUGGCAUUGAUGGAGAUUAAAAUCAUAAUUUGAAAUGAAAAUUGUGCUUUGAUAGAUAUUAAAUUAUCGAUUAGCUUUGAUAAUUUAAAUCUUCGUUCCUGGCAAGCCAUCUUGGGGAUUUGGUGUUGACACCAUCAGGAAAUACUUUCAGUCUGGAAAGCCACGUCUUGUUUGUGAAGUGGGAGACUGUAUUUCCUUAGGGUCUUGGUUUCCAUGGGAUUUUGCCAAAAUUGUUACAUCUUUUCUCUGCUUACCUGUAAAAAUAGAGCAUUGGUGUCUACCCCGUGUCCUGUUUUCAUUCCUUAAGUGAGGUUCUGUCCAGGCUCGUUCAUCUGCUGCCAGAUGAGCAAACAGCAUUCAGACCACUGCAGCCUUUGUUCAGUCCCCUGUUGUACAAUUUUCCCAUAUUUUGUGGCAUCUGGGACCUGCUGGAAUUGCUCUGCUUGUGCCUCUGUCAGGACGUUGGACAAAGCACACUGCCUGGGGACUUGAUGGUGCUUUCUUUUUCCUCCCGUAUGGGAGCAGAAAAAAGAUGAGUUCCUGUGUGUAUUUUCACUCUUUCCCAUCACCAGGAAGUUGCUCUUGGGAAAAUGGGGGAGAAAGGUGUGGUCAGGCAGCAAGUGGCUGGAGAGGUGAGGAGUGCGGGUGUGGGCCAGCAGCUGUGUGAGGUGGCUCUGGAUGUGGUGGGCUGGAUUGUGUCACCUGCACGAGUCGUGCUGACAAGCUGGAAGCCACCCGAGUCAUAGAAUCGUGGAAUUUGGGUUGGAAAAGAGCUUUUAAGAUCAAGUCCAAGCGUCAGUGCAGCGCCACCACCAUGUUCACCACUCAACCUCAGGUAUCACAUCCAUGUGUUUUCUGAACCCUUCCAGGGGUGGUGACUCUACCACUGCCCUGGGCAGCCUAUUCCAGUGCUUGAUGUCCCUUUCCAUGAAGAAAUUUUCCCUGAUAUCCAACCUAAACUUCCCCUGGCUAUUAGUGAUGAUAGCUCUUAAGUUCUUGUACCAAUUUUAGCCAGGGAUUGGAAAAAAUUGUUCAAAAAAACUAUGGGAAAAGAAGAACAAAUGAACAUAGGAAACACGAAGUUGUUGAAUGUCAUCCAGGUAUGUUCAGGAAAGUUUUAUUCUAUUCAUUUUCCAUGUUAAUUUUUUUUCUACAAACGUAAAACUUGAUAGUUUAUUUGGUAUUUUCUUUUACCUAAAAGGUAUUUACAUCAACUAAAAUCAUGAAGUGGCAUUACACAAAGAGCAAGGGGUUUUGGAUAAUUCUUUCAUUUUAAACUUCCCGUGGGAAGGAUCUAGGUACCUCAGUUUGUAUCUUCUGUACCUUGUGCCUGGUCCAGCUGAGGAGCCCUGUGAACAAUCCCAUCCCAGGCAUCCAAGCAGUGGUGUUUAUACUGAGGGGUUUUUGUCUCUCUUCUUUCUUUCCCAAAGAAUUGAAAACCUUCAAAUUUGGGAGAUUUUCAUCCCACACAAACCUUUAUUGUUUCAGCAUUGUGCUGUGCAGUGCUCGUUGCUUUGGUCCUAGGAAUGCUACCAGGCAGGCUUGUUUCCUUGGAAAUCUGUUCCUGGUAACAUCCAGCUGGUGGCUUUCAUUGUUUUAUUUAUUUGGCUGGGGGUUUGGUUUUAUUUUCUAGAGUUUUGCUGAUUUUUUUUUUUUUUUAGGAUUCACAGUGUUACCUCUUCUCUGGCCUAGCUGGGACCACAUCCUCUGUUUUCCUCUGAUGUUUUUACAGGCAGAUAUAGAGGUAGCUGCUAGAAGCAUCAGAGUGCCUCUGCAGCACGUGGAGCAGGAUGAAUCCAAAGGGAUGAGGAGUUUUCUUGGAUGUUGGCUCACAGCUGUAAAGGAGCACUGCUGUCCUGCACCCCACAAAGGAUUUCUUCACCGACAGCCCACCAUCCCUAAGCUCUGCUUCCCUGUACCCCGUGUCAAGAGUGGAGGAGGUGCUGGGAGCAGCAGUGUGUCUCCCUUAACCACAGUGUGUGAUGGGAUGCAAGGCAUGGCUGGAGGAGGAAGGAAAAGCUUUUCUAAUCUCCCUCCAAGCUUUGUGUGUCUGCACAGAGCUGGAUGUUGGAAUCAGAGAGCAGCCACCACAAGGAAAGGUUGGGAAAGAAAGGAUGUGGACUUUGUGGCUUAGCCACGGAUGUCAGGCCCCCUCACAACAUCCAUCUGUGCUGCAGAGAAAGAACCCCAGCGCUGAGGAGGAAACGCCAGCUGCCACCACAGGAAGGAAGGGAUCCCGUGACUGACCCCGUGACCCCUCUUGUCUCCUCAGCUCUUGAGAGGCAUCUGUUGGUAAGUGGAAUAAGGCUCAGGUACCUUUUCCUACCUCUUUUUCCUCUUUCACUGCAGUAUUUCCUUCUCUCUUGAUCACCUUCUGCAAUGCUUCAGUUUCAUUUGAGCUCCCCGGUGUUACUGACCCAGUUGCAUCUCAGCUGUGUGAAGGGACAGAUUCCAUGUACGUGAAGGUUCUUGCCUCACUCAGGGGGAAGAAGGGGCAUUUAUUCCAGAGGCUCCAAGCCUCUGACCAGCCAGUUUGAUAGCACCAAGUACCCAAAUUCUGCGUGCCUGAAUCCCUCCCCUGCCCUGGUGGCUGCAGUGUGUGGUGUUAGAGCACAGCAGCCUGCUCAAGGCAGGGGGAUGGAAUGAGAUGGUCUUCAUGGUCCCUUCCAACCCAAACCAUUCUAGGAAUCUCUGUUGGAAUUCUCGGUUUAGUAAGUGUGAAAAAUGCAAAAUAGGUUAAAUUGAGAAGGGAUGUGCAGUGGAGGGUCCAAUGGCUGUAGGGAGGGGCAGGGUCAAACUUUUAGUGCUGGCUUGACUUUGACAGGAAGAAAAGGUCACUUCCAUUUGGGCAGUCUGGUCUGCUUCCCCUCUUCCCCACAGCUGUAGGACAGAGGGCCUGGAUGAGUCCCCUGGGGAUUUCACCUCCCUGUGGCAGACUGGCACUAUUCCCAGGGCAGGCUGGGAGGGCAGCACCAGCUGUCUGUGUCUGAUAGUAGCUGGCUGUCCCUUUGGCUGGAACAGCAGUUCCCAGGCUGUUCUGGAUGUGCUGACAGCAGAGCUGCUGUGUCACACUGUGGGGAGGAUCAGUGCCUCCCUUGGUCUGGACAGAGCACGUGGCUAUCAGUGCUGGAGCCACACUGCUGCCUUUGCUCCCUUUGUUGUAAGUUCAGGCAGCUUUUUCAGGAAACAUCAAAUUGCAUCUAUGUGUAAGCAGGGAUCUCUUAGAACCAUGGAAUGAAUCACUGAGGUUGGAAAGGACUGCUGAGACCAUCAAGUCCAGCCCUUCCUCCUGCACUGCCAAGGCCACCACUAUCCCUGUCCCCAGGUGCCACAUCCAUGUGCCUUUAAAUCUCUCCAGGGAUGGGGACUCAGCCCUGGGCAGCUGUGCCAGCUUGGCAGCUUUCAGUGAAGAAAUGUUCCCUAAUAUCCAAUCUAAACCUUCCCUGGCUCAACUUGAGGCCGUUUCCUUCUUGUCCUAUCUCUUGUUCUUGUCUACUCUUCAUAGAACAGGCUCUAUAUAAACAAAUAAGAUACACAUAUCUAUUUUGACAUACAUAUGUGUCUCACAGGAGUGUUGGUGGGUUUUGGACCAAGAGGGGCUUGUGAAAUCUGUGCUUGCUCUUUAAAACAACCUGAAAUUAAAAACUGUGUUCUUUAAUGUCUUAGAACUGAAGACUUAAUAAGGAAUUUGAAAACUAAAAUUUAAUCAGGUGUCUCCUGCGGCAAUGAAUCGACCAUGUUACAAGGCAAGUCGGUUUUAAUUUGCAUGUAUUGACAAAAGUGCCACAAAAAUUUAAAUUCCAUUUGUCCCUUUGCAAAUUGAUAAAAAAAAAAAA